AUCUGAAAUAUUUGGGAAGGUCGGGAAGUCGCGAGUUCCUAGGGACGAGGAGAAGGGUGGAAGUCGUCGAAGAAUGGGAAGAACCAGCGCCGCCAUGGCGGUCUUUCUCUUUCUCCUCCUCUCCUUGUUCUCGAUCCUCCAACUUGUCUCUUCAUCGCCGGAGAUUCGAGUCCUCAGCGCGGAGAGAAGGAUCGACGUCACCGCUCCCAUCGCAAGGGUUUUCUUGACUUUGAAGGUGGAAAAUGCUGGCACAUCUGAAGUUUCGGAGGUUCUUGUUGCUUUCGCACCUACUGAAGCUGAGCAUUUAGCAAUACUAAAAGCAUCUGUAGCUGAAGGGAAACGCAAAAAGAAGACCUAUGUGCCUCUCUCAGUGAAUCCAAGUGAAUCUCCAGAUGCACCAAAUGGUGCUCAGCUCUACUCUGUUUCAUUACGUAGUCCUUUGAAGUCUGGUGAGGCAACAACAGUGGAGGUGCUUUAUGUGCUAACUCAUUUGCUUGAGCCCUUCCCAGCAGAGAUUAGCCAAUCAGAACCACAGCUUGUGUACUACCGUGAUAGUGCAACUCUACUGUCACCUUAUUAUAUCGUGGAGCAGAUUACGAGUAUUAAGACUCCCAGUAACAAAGUGGAAUCUUUUACAAGAGUGGACCCAGCUAGUCGUGUUGGUUCUGAGCUAAGAUAUGGCCCUUACCAUGAUCAUGGACCAUAUUCAUACUCUCCAGUAAUUGUGCAUUUCGAGAAUAACAAUCCCUUUGCAGUUGUUGAAGAACUUGUUCGUGAGAUUGAAAUUUCGCACUGGGGAAGCCUUCAGAUAAGGGAUCAUUACAAAUUAAAACAUGCUGGAGCACGACACAAAGGAGUUUUUUCAAGGCUUGAAUAUCAAUUUAAGCAAUCAGUCAGCGGUGUUGCUUCCUUUAGGCACCUUCUUAUGAAGCUGCCCCCCCGAGUUCAUUCAGUAUACUAUCGUGAUGAGAUUGGAAACAUCUCAUCAUCUCAUUUGCACAUUGAUUCCCAGAAGUCGGAACUAGAAAUAGAACCUAGGUACCCAUUAUUUGGAGGGUGGAAGGCCACUUUCACCAUUGGUUAUGGGCUGCCAUUGCAAGAUUUCCUGUUUGAAUCACAUGAUGGCCGGCGUUACCUCAACUUCAGUUUUGGAUGCCCUCUUAUUGAAACAAUGGUUGAUGAUCUAACAGUUAAAGUCAUUCUUCCUGAAGGAUCAAGAAACCCUACAGCUGCAGUUCCCUUCCCAGUGGAUCAGCAUCUUGAGAUGACUUAUUCAUAUCUUGAUGUUGUUGGGAGGACGACGGUAGUUCUCCAGAAGAAAAAUGUGGUGCCAGAGCAUAACACCCCUUUCCAGGUCUACUAUGAUUUCAACCCAGUUUUCAUGUUUGCAGAACCCUUGAUGUUGAUAUCUGCUGUUUUCUUGUUUUUCGUUGCAUGUAUCGCUUAUGUUCAUGUUGAUCUAUCUAUUGGGAAAUCUUCAUAGACAAUCUCAGAAGAUAGACAAUUACAAUUUAUUAGCACCUUAGAUUAUAAAACCAAAUGCUUCAAGGUACAAGACCCACCCUCGUUAUAUUAUUUUGGUGGCUUUUUGAAGAUUCUUCUCAAUUGAAUUUAAGCCCUUUGUAGCAUAGUUGUCACUGACAAUUUUGGCUGUUAUGGAUGGCAUCUCAUAUAUUAGUAGUAA